AAUAACCCUCUCUCACACGUGAAACUCAAUAACACUCACAAAUGGAUGCAAAAAUGAUUACACAUAACAUGAGCCUAACACCAACUUUAGCUCAUUGGAACCUAAGACUCAAACCAAAACCCACUUUUGUAGUUGGAGUUCUUGCACGUCCUACAGAAGAAACAUUAAGCAAAACUCAUGUAUACAAAGAUAAUUGGUUUGAUAAGUUAGCUAUAAACCAUUUAUCAAAAAGUGUUCAAGCUGCAACAGGAAUCAGUAAUGAUAAGAGUGGUUUUGAUAGCCUUGUUGAGGCAGCUACUGUGGCUUCGAAGAAAUUUAGUCCUGUUCAACAGCAAGAAGUUGUUUUAGAUGCACUUGAUAGAGCCUUUCCAAAGCCAAUACUUUCGGUGAUAAGGAGAGUGAUGCCACCAUCAAAAUUAGCAAGGGAAUAUUUUGCCGUCUUCACCACUUUGUUUUUUGCUUGGUUACUCGGUCCCUCCGAGGUGAGAGAAUCAGAAGUCAAUGGAAAAAAAGAAAAAAAUAUUGUCUACAUAAAAAAGUGCAGAUUCUUAGAAGAAACAAAUUGUGUUGGAAUGUGUACUAAUCUCUGCAAAAUGCCAUCUCAAAUAUUCAUAAAAGACUCCUUUGGUAUGCCAGUCAACAUGGUCCCAAAUUUUGAUGAUAUGAGUUGUGAGAUGAUAUUUGGCCAGGAACCACCACCAUCAACUGAUGAUCCUGCACUCAAGCAACCCUGUUAUAAAAUAUGCAAAGCAAAGAAAAACCAUGCAACAAAUUGUCUUAGCUAAUGUACCAAGUAUGGAGAUAGCAAUUACAAAAACAUCAAAUUUGACAAUAAACACUAAGAGCUAAAUGAAUUAAAGUUGUUUCACUAUGGACAAAUUAUGUCGUUCAUUGUUUAUCAAAAAAAAUUAUCGUUCAUUGCAUUUGUAUUUUUUAAUAAAGUAACAAUUUAGUCCUUAGAUUAUUAUUUUGUCUAAUUUAAUCUUAAAAUAUAUU